GAAAGCAAACUUAUCAUGGCGAAAACGAAUAGAAUAAGUUAUCGUGACUCACUUCAAAAUUAAGAUAUUCGUCUUUCGUUACUUUGUGGAUAAUUGAAAUUUACAAGUGAUGCACAUACAUAAAGUCGAGCACAGAAUUUUUAAAUAAAUUUAGAUUCGGAUCUAAAAAAAAAAGACAAAGAAAUGCUUUCCUUAAAAGCAAACGCCGCGCUGGCGCGUCUGAAAGAGAUCGAGGAGAAAUACAAGAUGAAGAGCAAAGAGCAGAAAUGGAAAGAGGAUACAGACAGCUCGAUAAGCAGCGUCUCAAUUCCUUUGGACAGUUCGAAGGAAUCAUCAAAGAAAAUUACAAAGCUCAAACUCGAUAUAAAAAUGCCGGAUACUCGAUUUGAAGGACACGCGGAGGAAGCGAAACUUUCGUCGAGAAAUGAAAUAUCGACGCCAGACAAAGUGAGCGCGAAACUUCCCGAAGAAGCCGCUGAGAUCGAUCUUGAGGAUGCGUCAUCAUUAGAUGAUAAAUUGUCGCGUUCCGCAGGAAAACAAGAAAGUCUUAUCUCGGAUCCAAUGACGAUUCAGGAGAGCAGUUCGAUCGAAAGCGUGCUCGAUGACUCAGUAAUUCCAUCAAAAUCACUCUCGCACUCGAAAACAUCGCGGCGAAACUCUUUCUCGGCCAGCGGACGAUCUUCCGGACGUUUGGAGAGAACAAAAAUCACUGCGAAGUCCGAGGGAGGAAAGGAGUUUAGUAAAUCAUCCGAAAUCUCGAGGGGGAAAGCACCGUCUGAUAAUUCAAUUUCGAAGCGACUAAGAUUGUCUGGAAAAUCAAACGAGACUUCCAGGAUCGACCAAAAAAAGUGUUUUAUUGAUGUCAAAGCGACAGAAACGUCGAAAAAGGUAGAUUCUAAAAGAAUUCAAGAUAAUUUUAAGGAUUCGGAAUUUUUACGUGAUGAUAGCGUUGUCGAGGAGUCGAUUGGUAUGAUGGAGAACGGCAGUGAAAUUAUUUCGGAACUUUCCCACGUCGAAGAAAGCUUUGUGACUAAAAUUGAAGACAUUAUCGACGUUUCCGACAAUUCUAAACAUGUAACAGACAAAAACGCUUCCGUGACAGUUUCCAACAGUUCGAAAAGUCUAGCUGAAAACGGAUAUGCGAACGAUACCUUCGAGGACAUUUCCAGCUCGAGCAUUCGAUCGCAGCGCGAGGAAAUGAUUAAUGGAAAGAAAGAGGUGCAAAUUAAUGGAGUGGGAUCUGGGAAAAAAAUGGACAUUGCGGAAUACAGAUUUUAUCAGGACAGUACUGAGGAGUACAGUGACGGAUUCGAUCUGAUGCCGAAAAGUGCAACCAAGAUUGAUCCGAGACCAUCAGACCACGUCAGCGAUCUCGAGAGCAUCAUCAGGAAUCCAGAUAACAUGAGUGUACGUUCAUUGAAAUUGCCACGAUCCGUCAAUUCGCGUUCGAAAAAUCAGAGAAGUUAUCAGUGUCGAAAGGAGUCAUUUCGAGAAGAAAAUGUUUCAAGUGGUGAUAAUGCAAUCGGUCUGACGAAUCUUUCAACCGUAAGUUCCAAUAAGAACUCAUUGGAUUCCUCGGAUUCGUUGACCGGCGACGUGACGAAGACAGAUGAGAAGAAAAACUCCUCGAGGAUGACUGUCCGACAAGAAAGCAACCGGAAAGAGCGUGAGGAAGCGAACAGAGCGAGGGAACGCGCGGUGAUAGAUGUCAUCGGAUUGCCGGUGGCGAACGACGACGACUGGCUCGAGUCGGCUAAAUCUAAUUUGUCGUUAGAGAAGAAUAAAGAGAGAAGAGAAGAUAUUUUAGAAGAAAACUUAGAUCAACGGAUUCCGAAAAAACAGAACGCCGAAUAUGUACUGAAAAAAAGAUCACACAAAGAUGCAUCGGCUAAAAAACACACGAAUUCGAAAACUGCGACAAAAGCAUCGAAAAGCCCCUUUGAUAAGAAAAGCGCGUCUCAAAUCCAGAAUAUAUUGAAGACGAGAAAAGUGAAAGAAGAGAACGAAAAUUGCCACUCUUCGGAGAAACAUAAAAUUUCUAAUCAUAAUAGUCAUGAACAUAACUUCAAGAGAAGAAAGAAAGGAACGAGAACAACGAAUUCGAAGUCAGCCGUCAAUCGUAAUAGCACAGGAAGUCAUAAGGAAGACAAAGCUUUGAGAUUUGACGGGAAACAAAUGCGCGGACUUCGGAAGCGGAUUGUCGAACUACGACUGCAGCAAGAACGAGAAGAUCUCCAGAAAUAUCUACACAAAUUGAAGAACUUAAGACUAGAAUUGGGUUCUACUGGAAGUUAUUUUAAGCCUCUGAAAUUUCCGAAGAUUGCAGAAUUUACGCAGCUUGAUGUAGAUGACUUGGAAUCGAAGCCGAACGAUCAGUUUCGGGAGAGAGUUUUCGCGAUUAGGUAUUGGUUGAAGGAUCAAUACAUUUUGUAUCGCGACUACUGUACUAUGGCGCAAGCGAUCAAUGCUCACUAUGUUCCCACAACGUUGGACGAUACCAAAAAGACGAUACGCGAGCUGCGGAAAACGACGAUUAAAACCAGGUGACGUUGAUGCACCCAUUUGAACCACCAUAUUAUAUGCGACUCGUUGAAACUGUUUAUGAUCUAGUGCUGAAUUUGGAUGCUU